ACUUCCUGCGAUCAAUACGCAGGUGGGAGGGCAGCUGACUUUUGAAACUUCCAAGUGUCUCCGCCGUAUUUACAACUUUCCUCGGCGCUUUUCAGACCUUUAAGCACUAAAACAACAAGUUUAAGGCAGGUAAGAAGAACUCAAAGCUGUACGGAGUCGAGAAAACGGAGGUAUUCGUGCGACAUUCGUGUCUUCUCAAGUGUAAAACCGCGGCUUUUGGUUGAGAUAGCAACGGAUCCUUAGGGCACCUCAGGCGGAUCGGAGAUACUGCAGAAACUCGGGAAGAACCAAAACUUUGCGGAAUUAUUUCUGUCUCUGGAGGAUUCUGUCCGAGUUUUGAGGGCUCUUGUUGUGAGGUAUGCAUCAGAAGAAGACGUGAAGGGGGCUUGCAGGAAGAAAUGGAGAUUCCGAUCAUGUGAAUCACGGAAAGGCGGAUUCAACAGAGAGGUAACGGAAGAUGCCGGUGUCCAUCAGCCUGCAGGUGUCCCUGGAGGAGGCGCUGCAGGUGCGGGCCGGUCCACUGCAGGAGGGGGAGGUGUGGGGUGUGCUGUGUCAGAGUGCAGAGGCUCUACAGGACCUCUUCCUGAAAGGUGACAGGGACCUGACAGAUGGGCCCACCUUCAUCAUCACCCCCCAGUCCCUGCUGCUCACACCUACUGGGCAUGUGCAGUUCGCUGACUCCAUGGAGACCCCAGGGAAUGAUGGGAACUCGUACGUCGCCCCGGAGAUGUUCCAGCCAAUCAACACCGACCUUGAGACAGCGGCUGAGAAGAUGUAUGUGUACUCCCUGGGCAUGACGCUGUACUGGGGGGCGGACUUCGAACACCCCAAGGGUCGGGCGCGGCUGGGAGCUGAGCUGGAGAGGGUGCUGCUGGGAAUGUGUGAGGAGAAGUCCAGCAGGAGGCUGUCCCUCAUGCAAGUACUCGAGUCGUGCUCCUCACACCACCAGAAGGGCCAUGCCGUCUCUGCCUUCUCACAGGUCAUCCAGCUGGCCAAACUGGUGCUGGGCAGUCUGCCCGAGCUUGACAUGCUGGUAGAGGAUGAACCCACCAGGCCAGGUGACAAAGGUCGCCAAAGGUCACAGCCCAACAGUCGCUCUCGGUCACGGUCCCCCGUCAAAACCAAGCUCUCCAGACCGGGGCAGUCUACGCCAAGACACAAGGAAUACAGAAGAAACCAUUCUCCCAGCAGAUACACGUACAGGGGCCGAAGCUCCCCAGUCACCACUCGAGAGCUGGUCGCCUACAAAGAGAGCCUUAAGCCGGAUAGAAGAAGUCUCCAAAGUUACUCCCGGAAGAUGGAAGAGGCGAGAUCGCGGGGUCAGCGUCCCCGCAGCCUGAUCGACCUUCCGUCGGACCGAAGGUCGCACAGACGAGCGCAGGACCAGGAGAGGUACUCCGUCAUCAGCUCAAGCUCGUAUGAGAGCAGAAACGGUGUAACAAGGUCACAACUCACAGAACCGUUGACGAGACCGCGCGCCACAGCGAGGCGCGACGACCGGACCGUACCACCCGUCAGGGCCCUCCCCGCCCCCGUAGAUGACCUCAGCUCUGAGGCGGCGCCGGACUUACAGAGCGACGCGUACAAACGUCUGAAACAGAGACGAAGGAGACUGAGUGCCGCGAGGCCUGACAGUGGCGGAGACCGACCAGACGCCAUCCGAGACAACGUUGGUUACCAUAGCGACGGUUCUUACAGCGAGUUUUCCAGCGACGACAGCACGUCCAUUCCAUCCGACAACACCUUCACCCAGGGGAGCUACCGCCCUGACCUUUACCCUCAUUAUGGGUCAAGGGUCGCCUUGAGAAUGGGGGAUGAUGGGAGUCAGGCUGCUGGUCAGAGCAACUCAGCGGGAAAUGGCUUGGACCAAAGAAGGGAUGUCCAAGACAACCCCAGGGUCAUGGGUCGCCGGGAGCAGAGGAUAAUGGGAGAUGUGAGCAGCCCCCCUGUGUCGGAGGGCAGCGGGGCAAGACCCCCUGCAGAGAUGGACCUGAGUCGGGACCCGCUGGCCGAGGUGCCGCUGGCUCGCAGCACAACUCAGCGCAAACUCAAGACAUUUUUUGGUCCAGAGUUUGUGAAGAUGAGUAGUGAGCCUGCCAUCUCUCUGGAGGUGCCUCCCUCUCCUGCUCAAAGGAAGGCAAACUCAAAGGUACCAAAGUGGAUGAAAAAGCCCAUGGCCAAAGGCAGCAAGCUACCCCAGGGUCGUAGGAAGGUCGUGGUGGUGAUGCUGAACGGCCAGCGCCUCAGCCUGGUGUGUGAUGUCACCACGGUUGCUAAGCAACUGUUUGACAUGAUCGUGUCACAGCUGGGGCUGGUCGAACACUUCUUCUUCGGACUUGCGCAUCUCAAGGAUGGAGAGCUGUUCUUCCUCGACCCUGAAGAAAAACUGGCCAAGGUCGCACCGGCUGGCUGGAAAGAAGAGGGCAAAGGUCGGCCUGGGUCAGAGGUCAAGUUCACGGUCUUCUUCAGGGUCAAGUACUAUGUGGAGAAUGUUUCUAGUCUCAAGCACCAGCUGACCCGUCACCAGUUUUACCUGCAGCUGAGAAGAGACGUGUUGGAGGAGCGGACACACUGUCCCAGCGACUCUGCAGUCAGCUUGGCAGCUCUGGCACUACAGGCUGAGUUUGGAGACUACAGUCCCGACGCCCAUGGACACAACUACUUCCUGGUGGAACACUACCUCCCCGCCAGGGUGAUUGACAGCGCGGGCGUGGCGCCCAUCCGGCAGGACUUACCCAGAAUGCACAGCCAGCACAGGGGCAUGAUGGAACCGACUGCGGAGAUGGAGUUUCUGUUGGGAGCUCAGAAGCUUCCAGAAUACGGGGUCAUGUUUCACAAAGUUUACAGGGUAGGUAUGGGGUCAUGUUUCACAAGGUUUACAGGGAGCAAAGAGGAGAAAAAAUGCAUUCCGAGCAACACAGUACUGGUAGGCAUCAAUGCCAAGGGUGUGGCGAUCUACGAGCUCCGAAACACGGUCCGAGUCUCGCGGGACAAGUUUGCAUGGAGGGGCACCAGGAAAAUCUCCUUCAAUAGAAGAAAGUUUGUCCUGGAGUCCAUGCCAGCUGACAGCAGCUCCCUGAACAAGCUCACAUUCUUCACCGACAGCUACAAGAAGGGCCGGUACCUGCUGGGCAUGUGCACAUCUCAGCACAAGUUCCACAUCCGGAUGAGGUCCAGACUCAAUGCCUCUCACGCCUUCCAGCAAGACUACCCCUUGGAAACCAUCUCCAUGAACGACUCCGUGUACUCGGCAACCUUCGACCCCACGGAGCCUUCCAUCUCCUACAGCAUUCCAGAGGCGGACGAUUCCGUAAGUUACGACCCGAGCCAGAACGGAAUCCCGCUGGAUGAAAGCAUCACCAGCGACUACGACGCAUCCUUCCAGCCCAUUGGUCCAUCCUUCCGACCAAUGAAAAACAGGUUAGACGUUCCUCAGAGGUCACGUGACCAGAGGAGGACCAAUGACAGAGCAGAUGACAGGGACUAUGAGGAGGUGGAUUUCAGACCUCCCAGCAGGCCCGAGUCCAGUAGGUCACAUGAUCAGAGGAGCGACAGGUCAGGAGGGCAAAGGUCACAGGACAGGUCAGGUGAAAGGCCGUAUUCACAAAGGAGUGACAGGUCACAUGACCGGUCGAGCAACAGGUCCAUGGACCAAUCAGCAGACAUGUCCAGCAGCAGAUCAUUCAACCAAUCAGGUAGCCCCUUACAAGAGCCAUCGUCCAAUCACCAAUCACCUGAGGACUUAUAUGCGAAGCCAUGGCAACAGGGAAGAAGGCAAAGAGAUCAACCAAAGGGACCAGUGCCUUACGAGGACACCCAUCACUAUGACGACGGUCACUAUGAUGAUAUCGAGGAGCCUGCCCCGCCCUCCCUGGCUGCGUACCACCAGCAGAGGUUACGGGGUGCAGAGGGUGUGGCGAGUACCGGGGCAGACAGGGGCAAUGCUUAUGUAGUGGAUGCCAGUAUCAAGUCCAUGGACCAGACCAUGAACAUGACUGUGAAUGACACCAUGUCAGACACCCUGCGUGAGAGACUACAGGACCUUCCUGCCCCUGAGCAGGCAGAGAGGGAAAUCAUCAUGGUGGUUCUAGAGAAGGACCCACAGUACGGCAUUGGUAUCACCAUCGUUGGAGGUGAGACGAGAGGUAAGCUGGACCUGGGACUGUUCAUCAAGUCUGUCACACCUGGAGGACCUGCUCACAGGGACGGCAGGCUCAGGCCAGGUGAUCGAAUCAUCUCUGUGAACGGGCGUAGCCUGGAAGGUGUGAACCACCAGGGUGUGGUGGAGAUCAUCAAACACUCCCCCAAACAGGUGCAGUUCAUCGUGUCACAGGAGAAGUCUUACAGAGAGCAACAUAAUAGAACACCACAGUCUGUGCAUAGGCCUUCUACCACUGAUGACAUGGAAGUCAGUCAACCCAGGAGACCCGCCAAUCAACCUCCUCACCAUGGUAACCAGAACAUGGACUAUGACAACAUCGAAAUCAGCCUGGAUUCGCCAUCCAUGAUGCAAGGUUACGACAGACGACCUUCUGGAGGUCAGAGUUCAAGGUCACAUUCUCUCCUUGGCUCUGCGAGGUCGCAGGGAAGGUCAGAUGGUGACGACCAAUCGUGGAUAACGACUCCGGAAGCUUCGGAUGACGAGGAUGUACUGCCGGAUAACACCGGAGGAGGAAGGUACCAGCCAUCCCAGUUUACAGGAAUGAGCAACCCGGCGUUUGAAGAUGACAGGAGAGACUCAUGGACAGACGUGGACAUGGCGGCUGCACAGAGAAGUCAGCACAGAAACUCCACAGACGGCUUCACCUCUCCUGACAUCCCGCAGAGAUCAGACGACACGGCAUCACUGCACGAGGAGGCUGGGCCGUACCAGGCAAGCAUUGAGAAGAGGCCGUCCAUGAGACUGACACAGAACGACCUGAAGCCUGGAGAUGUGUUCGAGGUGGCGCUAAGGAAAACGAGCAACAGUCUGGGCCUCAGUGUGACUGGCGGUGUCAACACCAGUGUAAAGUACGGCGGGAUCUAUGUCAAGACCCUGUUUCCUAACGGUGCGGCUGAUGUGGACGGCAGAGUAAGGAUCGGUGACAGAGUGCUAAAGGUGAACGGGGUUAGCCUGACCAACGUGACCCACAAGCAGGCUGUGGAGGCCAUGCGCAACUCACCACAGGUAACAACCCUGUUGAUAGAGCGGGGCAUACCACCGGGCAGUGGGGGGGACAAGUCUGAAACAUCAUCCACACAUCAGGAGGAACCUGAAGAGGUCCUGCCGACCUCACAUGACCCAGAGGGAGAGGAGGACUUCAGCAGGAGCCUGUCGCCUGACCCGAUGAGUGUGGCCUCCACCUCCAUGAUGAGUGGUACGGUCCUCACCCCCACCCCAGAGGAGGAGGAGGGGGUGGGGGGUCCCCCCGACACCCCACCCCCCGAGUACCCCUUCGUCACAGAGGACAACACCUUCACAGUGAAUCUGCACAAGACCACCACGGGCCUGGGGCUGAGCAUCCAGGGCGGCAAGGACGCGCACCCCGACCCCCAGCUCUGCAUUCCCCGCAUCAAGAAGCUGUUUCCCGGGCAACCAGCUGCAGAGAGUGGGAGGUUAGAGGUCGGGGACGUCAUCUUGAAGGUCAACGGAAGGGAGCUCCAGUGCCUGAAACACAGCGAGAUCGUAGCCCUGCUGAGGUCAUCGCCCCCUCAGGUGCACCUGUCCAUCUGUAGACCUGAACCAGGAACUCUACCUGAGGUCUCACCUGCGAGCCUUCCCACCUCCCCUACCCCCGACAUGCUGGCCCAGUACGGUGCACCGCUGUCACCUACGAUAGAGGAGGACAUGCUGGAGUCACCAACAGUUGAACCACAGUCAUCGUCCACACCAGCUGACUUCCCCACUCAGAGCUUCUCGUCGCCAGGGUUACAGUCACCUGACCAGGACAACAGCCAAUCAGUGUCCAGCCCCACAUCACCUGACCCAACCGACAGUGAAGAGCUCCAGUCUGGGGAAAUUGAAGUGACCCUGACCAAGAGCUCUGCAGGGGGGUUAGGUUUCACGGUGGCAGGGGGUGCGGAGACAGGGGGGUGCUAUGUGAAGGGGGUGGUGCAGGAUCCCGCCAAGUCGGACGGCAGACUCAGACCGGGAGACAGGCUCAUGAAGGUGAAUGGUGAGGAUGUAUCAGACAUGAGCCACUCGGACGCGGUGAGUCUCCUACGCGCCACGCCCCAGACUGUCACCAUCAGGGUGUACAGGAGGCCCGAGUUUGAGCAGCCUGCCCCCCUCCCACCCUACACUCUGCCAACAGUCACUCUACACAGGAACACUGCAGGGCUAUUGGGCCUGAACCUGAGUGGAGGAGUAGGCUCGCCACAGGAGGCCAUCUAUGUGGGUGAGAUCGUUCCUGACCUCCCCGCGGACCAAGAUGGUAGCCUCCAACUGGGUGACAAGGUCCACUACAUCGGGGACCAGAGCAUGCUGGGAUUGUCGUCCGAGCUGGCGCAGGCGAUCCUCGACGUGGCGGGACCGGAAGUGGAGAUCAAGGCAACCAGAAGUGGCAGACCUGUGCACCAGUUGGAGGAGGAUGACGUGGUGACGCCUCGCUCCUCGAGAUCCCCGGCAACCCCUCCCCAGCCACGCCCGGCGACCCAGCCGCGUGCGUCCAUCCGGUCUCAGGGCUCCGACUCGGAACCGGAGGGUGGCAUGGAGGCGAUAUCGUCCCCCGCCAUCCCCAUGUCGCCACUGCCGCUCUCGGAUUCCAGUACGGAAAAUGAGAGCCCGGAACACGGGCCGCCUUCGCAACUCUAUACACCAGAGUGUGACACUGAUGACCGUUUCCCUGACGACCGUUACCUUGACAACCAUUUCCCUGACACUAACACACCCCUCCAGGCUCCUAAGCCUCCAGUGAGUGGCGUGAUCCGCCUGGAACUGGAGAAGCCCAGUGGCGGGGGCCUUGGAUUCUCCCUGGUGGGGGGUGAGAAGGGUGGCAGCACAGGGAUCUUCAUCAAGACUGUCACGCCGGGCAGCGUGGCUGACAAGGACGGCAGGGUGAAGGUCGGGGACAGGCUUUUACAGAUCAAUGGUGAAAGUCUAAUCGGGCUGUCCCACAGCAAGGCGGUCGCCAUCCUGCGCAAGGCCAAGGGCACGGUACAGUUGGCGGUGUCGCGCGCGCCGCCCUCGCGUCCGAACAGCCGAUUUAACGAGAAGCAGGCUGAGCGGAUGAGCGAGGCGGAGCUGCUGCACCACCUGGUGAAACGCGACAGCACGCCCAUGCUCCUCAAGGACGAGGAGGGGUCGAAGAGGGCGACACCGGUCACCGACAAAGAAGAGGAAUCCGAAGCCAUCAAGUCCCUGAUUGACUCAGUGCGACCUGGGGCACAGCAUGGGUCGUCAACGCCCACCCCACCACCCAGGUCCUUCUCCCUGGGGCUGACUGGCAGCUGGCAGACUGACGAGGAGGAUACAGGAAGCGAUGUGGACUCUGCGGCCUUUGACCUUCCUGACGGGUCCAGCCCUGACCCCUUGCUGGGGGCCAAGUACGUGCCCAGCAGCAUUGGUCAGACCAAGACAGCCAAGGAGAAGAACGACCUUCAAAACUCGGAACUCCCAGUAUCCUCCAAGUUGAGCAGGAAGGCACCCCCCUUCCUCGACCCUAACCACACCCCCUCCCCCUCCCCUCCCCAUGACUCCCCACCCCCUUUACCCACGUCUACCCUACCUAGAGAUUCCCCACCCCCUCUCCCAAGGUCGCCCCUCCUGCCUGGAUCUGAAGGUCGCCCCCCUCCCCUCCCCACCAGCCCUCUCCCUGACAGUGAUGAUGAUGAUGAUGUGACCAGCAGUAAGAUCUCCUGGGGGAGUGACGACGACCUGCCCAUGCCUAGUGACACUGAGGACCAGCAGUCCUCUGGAAACCCUCCUGCAGCCUCCAACGUUCUGCUGACAGAGAGCGAUCUGGAGGACAUGGAGGUGGUGUGCCCUCCCCCGGGCAGCAGGUACUCCGGAAAACCCCUGCAGAGCCUCAUCUCACAGCUCAAGGGCAAGAUGGAGGCUGAUGAGCCCGUGGAGGAGUACAAGGCCCUGAGGCAGGUGAAGGCGACGGAUAACUGCGAGGUCGCAAAGCAGCUGAAGAACCGCGACAAGAACCGUUUCCGGAACGUCCUGCCGUACGACGCCACCAGGGUCCAGCUGGGGGAAGACGGGGACUACAUCAAUGCCAGCCAUGUCAGAAUCCCAGUGGGUAGCGACACGUUCCACUACAUCGCCAGCCAGGGCCCGCUGCCUGUCACUGCCGGGUCAUUCUGGCAAAUGGUGUGGGAGCAAAGGGCAGAGGUCAUCGCCAUGGUGACCUUGGACAUGGAGGGUGGGAAGGUGAAGUGUCAUCGCUACUGGCCGGACUCGUCGGAGACUCCCCUGACCUUCUGGAACAAGUACGAGGUGAGCCUGGUCUCCUCCCAGGCGCUGGAGGACUUCAACAUCCGCACUUUCAGCCUCAGGGACAUGGAGACGAGCGAGGUCCGCUCGGUGACUCACCUGAACUUCACCACCUGGCCCGACCACGGCGUCCUCAAGUUCGCCGACCCCCUUCUCCGCUACACGCGCGUCAUCCGCAGAUUCCACCAAUCAGGGCCUGUCGUGGUGCACUGCAGUGCCGGGAUUGGUCGGACGGGGGUGCUAAUUCUGGUCGAUGCUGUGAUUGGUCUGGUGGAGAGGGACCAACCAUUUGAUGUCCAGAAGCUGGUAGAAAUCAUGAGAGAACAAAGACAAGGGAUGGUGCAGACAAAGGAACAAUAUGUCUUCUGUUACCAGUGCUGCCUGGAGAUGUUACAGAGUCUCAAGUGAAGAUUGCCGAGCCAAGACUUCUCAACAUGGGUUUCAAGAGUCUCUAGCCUUGCCAAGAUGUCUUAAGAAAACUCUCAACUGAAAAUUAUUAAGCCAAGACGUCUUAAGAAGUGUCUGAGGUCAACAGAGAGGUCUCACAAAGGUGUCUUUAGAAGAUUCUCAACUUGAAAUAGUCAAGCCAAGAUUUCUCGAGAAGUUGCUCAUCUAGCCAAGAUGUCUUUGGCAGACUCCUAGCCAAAGAUAGGCAGUACAAGACUUCUCAAGACUUAGCAAAAGUGUCUAGCAUGUCUUAAGCAGAAUCUCAACUUAAGACAUAGUCAAGACAAGGUUCACAGAUGAGUAUAUAGCUGAGAUGUCAUAGGCAGAAUUUCAACCAAAGAUAGCCAAGUCUCCUCAAGGGGAGAGUCUCAAGUGCAGUCAAGAUGUCUUAAGAUAUUAACCAUUUCGACCACUGCUUGCCAGUAUGAAAGAUGCCUAAGCUGGCCAAUGUUGGCCAAUGCAAUAUCAUCAUAUAGGCUUUGAUUUCUGCAUACAACAAUGUAUGAUAAUAUCAUGUACAUAAGCCAUUGUCUCUAGAAGUGUGUUACAUCUCAUUGGACGGGUAUUAGGUGAUUUUUUACAGGGAAUGAUAAAAAUAGCAAUUGGUGAAUUCAAUGUAGAUUUGUGCCUUUUUUUAUAAAAUCAUUGAGGCUUAAGGACUGGCCUCCAAUACUGAACUAUGUCAAUGAAUUCUGUACAUAUGAUAAAUUGGGAGUGAAGUGCCUUGCUGAUAUUCUAGCCUUAAAUUUGUGGGGUUUAUACAAAAAAUUGUAGCAAUAAGCCACGUCACAGGCUAAAUUGCACAUGCUCAGUCAGAUGUAUUGUGGUUAAUGUGUCAAAGUUGAAGGGUCAUGAAACAUUUGUAAAUCAUCUGGACAUGUCCUGACCAUAGUGUAGACAAGAACUGUUUACAACUCAGGGGCUUUCACCUUUGACAUAUGUCCCACAGUUCAUCUUGUUGCACAUGUGUAGAUUAAACCUUGAAACGGCUUAUGUUAGCACAAGUUGGUGGAAGGGAAAACGAUUAUGCAAUAUAAACUGAACCUUCAACAACGGUGCAUAUUUAAAUUUGAUGGGUGUGGAAAAUAACCAAUAAGCAGAGGUCGAUGAAGCAUAUCUAGUAAUUCUAUGUCUGUUUGAAUUUUGUAUAUACAUUUUGUAAGAAACCAUUUUAGUAUACAUAGUUAAAUGCACAAAUUGUGCAUGGAAAUGUAGCUUUUUAUCAUUUUGUACAUACCUUGGUUUUAACUAGUAUUUUGUGGAACUUCUUGUGUAGCAUUUGCUUUCUAGAUCUUGCUAACUUUUUAUCAAUCUAUUUCAAGUGCUGUAUUGUUGGUUUUAUUUUUGGUGACUUUCCUUGUCUGUUUAUGGCAUCCUUUCCUGUAUGUGUUUUUUUUAGAUUUGAAAAGAAUUCAAACAACCUUUUACUAUUUGAAUUCUUAGUCACAAAUGGUGUGCACCAAGACAAUGUAUUGCGUCUGUAUGUCUCUAUAACUGUCUCGUAUUCCGUCCUUUCUCAUUUCUUAUAUUGUCUGCCUCUUGUGCAAAACUGUAGGAUAGGCUGUACAUGUACGUGCAGAUUCUUGUAAAAAUGGUGCACACUUGCCA